UCGCAUAGCCUCACAUAAAAAAAACGGCAGCUGUUAUAUUUUGUUCUGACAUCACUGGGCGGCUUAAAUAUGCAAUAACAAGAUUGUAACAGAAUAUAAUUUGCGUAGCAGAUUGUUAUAAAUUUGGUCUCGUUAGUAGUUAAAAUAACAGAAAACUAUAACAAUUAACAACGGGAGAUAAUGUUUUGAAAUCUUUUUGUUAUGUGUUUCUAAUCGGAUACCGGCAAAAUAAAAAGAAAAUUUUGUUUUCGACUCCGUUGCGCAAAUAAUUUGUAAGUACUCCGUUGCUUCUUUGAUCGCAUGCCGCCGAAUGGAUCAACAUCAUGCCGUUCAUGUUAAAACCGAACCGAUCGAACCCGACUUGGAACACGACAUUCCCCGUUUCCUAGUGCAAACCAGUGCAGCGCCAAACAUUCCGACAACGGUUGAGAUAGUUGAUCUUACGAAUGAUGAGUUUAUUUCCGAAUUUCGCCAUUUUUUAAGCAACGUCCAAUACAGUCGAAAGCAAGGCAACAAAAAGGUAAUCCGUCAGAAAGAACUAGUCGUAGAGCUAAUUUCGCUACAAGUGGUACACCUUCAACUGAUAAGUUUCUACCAAGAAGCAUACGUUGGGACGUUAUUCGGAAUUGAUUUCAGAAGUGUUAUAGUUUACGGAAGAGUAACUCCCGGACCGGUAAAACAACAUAAUAACACACACAUUUACAAACUAGAUGAUGGAUCCGGAACAGUAGAAGUGUAUUAUGCUCAUGCAUUGCCCAGGGAUGUUGACAAACUAACCGAUGUCAAUAAAUGUGAGGAUAUUCUGAAGACCCGGAAUCCCCUCAACGAUGAACAAGUACCGGAGAACCCGGAUCACAAAGCUGAUCUAAAAUUACUACUGAGUUUGGUGAAAAGUCACUGCCAGCGAAGAUUGGAAUAUUUUCAGUUGGGAACCCGUUGUUUCGUGAUUGGUCGACCUUUUCUGAAUCGAUUUGAUCAAGUUUCGAUUUAUGCACACAGUAUGUAUGCCGAUGGAGAUAAAGACGGAAAAUCGGCAGAAGUAUUCUGGAAAACUCAUUUAGCUUUAUGCUACGAACGAGAAUAUUCAGCAGCCUGUCGUCAAUAAAAGCGUCGGAGCGUUCGAAGUUAUAAACUAUUCCAAAUGCUACAAUUAGG